CGUGUUGUUCUGCUUCAAGAAUCUCUCCGUUCUCUCUCUUAUAUAAAGAUUAUGGAUUGAGUCGGUUCCUGAUGCUAUCGAGCCAAGGUUUGUUCUAUUGAGAGCUAUGGACGACAGUACAUUGGUAGAGCGUAAUUUUGCUUUCAGAGUUUCAAAGGAGAGCCCUCAAAAUCGACGAUCUCUGGCGCUGCCAUUCUCUCCAUUCACGAUCAUGGAAGGCAUUUUCUCCCGCAAGAGUUUUUCGUAUCGUAAACUUCCUUCCGAGCCCCUCAGGCUCUCCGUCCUCAAAUUGGACGGCUCUUGCUUCGAUAUUGUGGUUACAAAGAUGGCCACUAUCGCAGAACUUAGGCAGGCAGUGGAGGCAGUUUUCAGUCACAUGCCUAAGAAGGGACCCGGGAAAAUUUCAUGGCCGCAUGUUUGGGGGCGAUUUUGCCUGUCUUAUGAUGGACAGAAGCUAGUUACUGAAACAGAUUAUCUUAGAAACUACGGCAUCAAGGAUGGUGACCAGCUUCGUUUCAUCCGACAUGUCUCAAAUAGUUGCAACGUGAGAAGGAGGAGAUUCAAGAAACGUGUUGCUAUCUCAAAACAAAAAAGGGGGUCUUCAUCAAAAGUAAGUAGCUAUCAGCAGAAAGAUCAUGAUGGCAGUGACAGUGAUGAUGAAAUUGGUUUGGAUAGCAUAGUGAUGGAGAAGGGGGAGAUGCAGCAUCUCAAUAAUGAUGAUCGCGCUCAGAAUCUUGAAAACAGACUAACAAGCUUCUGGGGAGGGUUAUUUACAUGCACCCGACUUGCAUUCAUGAGAGGAAACAAAACUAAAGGCAGGAUGUGUCCCCUGAGGCUUGCUCGAGGCUUACUGGGCAGUUUUAGGAAGAUAAGCUUUUACAGGAAAAAGCGAUUUUAUCGAAAACAUGCCGGGAUUGAGUGGCGUUGAGACUCAGAAAUAUCUUCUCUCAGUUCACACAUGCCCUCUUUUCUCGCUACAGACUGAAAGAUGAGUUCUUUCUAUCAAUGCCAAGCGUGUGUGUUUAAAUUUUCGCUGCCAUGAUGCUUGACCCAGCGAGUAUGGGGCUUUAUUCUGUAUAUAUGGACAAUCCCUCUCCACAUUUCUUCUUUCUUCCCCCUUUUCCCUUUCUUUGUUUGUCAUCCUACUUGAGAUGGAAGCAUAAAGGUGGUUCUUAAUACAGUGUGAUAUGGUAUGGCUCAACCUUGAAAA